GUAACAGCUCCUGCAUCAACAGUAUCACAAAAACCGAAUCAUUUGGCAUCUCAGUAGAGAAAAGAACAGUUACUCAUCAGCAAUGGCUUCCGAGAUCCCAGAGAAGAAGGAGGAGCAGCACUCCACAAGCGACCUGUUCUCGAGCGCCAAGUUGGUGGCAGAGGCGGCGCAGGCCAACUUCAGGGGGGAGGCAGACAAGGUGGACAAGGCAAAAGCUGCCGACGCAGCCGGAGACCUUCUUGACGCCGCCGGGCAGUAUGGCAAGCUUGAUGAUCAGAAGGGCAUAGGGCAGUAUGUUGACAAAGCUGCUGAUUAUCUUCACAACUACCAGUCCAAGGAGGCAGCAGCUCCGUCAUCGGAGCCUCCUAAAGAAGCUGAAGGAGAAGCACCAAAGUCUGGUGGUGGUGGCGGCGGCGGCCUUGGUGACUUUGCAAAGCUGGCUGGCGGCUUCUUGAAAUAGGACUCUCUACUACUUAGCCGCUGCCAUGUUGUAAUAAUAAUAACCAAAGAUAUGUUAUUUGUACAAAAUUGAGUACACAAGAUAUGUUUAUGGUGUAAUAAGGGCUGUCACUUUUUUAUGUUGUAGAAUUCUUAGGGGAAAAAGGGGAGCUUACUUUGUUAACAUUUGUAGCAAAAUUUCACCAUGGCUAUAUAAGUUUAUGUAUGUAAGUGUGUUUUUCUUUUAA